AUGCAAUCAUCUACUAAACUUCGCCAAUUACUGGUGCAACAGGCCCAUGGGUCUUGUUGGAGGUUCUCAGCUCGCCAACACCAUAAUCAAAGCUACAAUGCACCCCGGAAAUCCUCGGAGUUAUCGACAGCUCUAUAUACUCGAUCUCCUCGUUUCUCCCUCUCGAUUCCCAAGACAACGACAGCAAUUCAACACUCAAACAUUCAUUUCACAGCAGGAAAACCUCUGGCGCUAGAGGUGAAGACUCCCAACCCCGCGACGCAUUAUAUCCCACCCCAGACCGGCUUAGUCGCUUCAUUGCCUGCAUCAUGGAUUCCAUACGCCGAAUUGGUUCGUCUGGAUAAGCCCACUGGCACAUAUUAUCUGUUCUUUCCGACGCUUUUCUCCACACUAUUGGCUGCGCCAAUGGCUACUGGUGUUACCCCGAUACAAGUACUUGGUACAGCGGGACUUUUCUUUACUGGAGCUUUGAUCAUGCGCGGCGCGGGUUGUGCUAUCAAUGACUUGUGGGACCGAAACCUCGACCCACACGUAGAACGUACGAAAUUCCGUCCCAUUGCUCGCGGCGCGCUCUCUCCGCCUAAAGCUGUGCUCUUCACGGGUACGCAGUUACUGGCUGGAUUGGCCGUUCUACUACAAUUCCCUACCCAGUGCCUUUGGUAUGGAAUUCCCAGCUUGCCAAUUGUGGUAGCUUACCCCUUGAUGAAACGAAUCACCAACUACCCACAAUUGGUACUCGGUUUUGCUUUCUCCUGGGGUGCAAUUAUGGGAUUCCCGGCUCUGGGUGUAGAUCUACUGGUCAAUCAUGAUGCUCUCUUAGCUGCUGGGGCAUUGUACUCUAGCUGUAUUGCUUGGACCGUUCUGUAUGAUAUGAUCUAUGCGCAUAUGGACAUCAAGGAUGAUGUGGCUGCAGGUAUUAAAUCGAUCGCCCUGCGCCAUGAACAUAAUACCAAGGCCGUCUUGACCGGUCUGGCAGCGGUCCAGGUAGGCCUGCUAGGGGCUGCUGGAGUUGCCGCAGGUGCAGGCCCGAUCUUCUUCUUUGGAAGUUGCGGAAGUGCCAUCGUUUCCCUGGGUCUCAUGAUUUGGAGAGUCCAACUCAAGAGUGUUUCAAAUUGCUGGUGGUGGUUCAAAAAUGGAUGCAUUUUCACCGGUGGAGGAAUCACUUUGGGUCUUGCUGGCGAUUAUGCAGCGCAAUAUCUGGGGCUGUACAAUGACAAAGUGUCACUACCGGAAUCUGAGUCAACACAAGCACCCUGA